CUCCACAGCAUGUGGGAGCUCCGGUCCAUAGCCUUCUCCAGGGCCGUGUUCUCCGAGUUCCUGGCCACUCUCCUCUUUGUCUUCUUUGGUCUUGGCUCAGCCCUCAACUGGCCACAGGCCCUGCCCUCUGUGCUGCAGAUUGCCAUGGCUUUCGGCUUAGCUAUCGGCACCCUCGUGCAGACCCUAGGUCACAUCAGCGGGGCCCACAUCAAUCCUGCUGUGACUGUGGCCUGCCUCGUGGGCUGCCACGUCUCCUUUCUCCGAGCCACCUUCUACGUGGCUGCCCAGCUGCUGGGGGCCGUGGCCGGAGCUGCCCUACUCCAUGAACUCACACCACCAGACAUUCGUGGGGACCUGGCUGUCAAUGCGCUCAGCAACAACACAACGGCUGGCCAGGCUGUAACUGUAGAGCUCUUCCUGACCCUGCAGCUGGUGCUCUGCAUCUUCGCCUCCACCGAUGACCGCCGUGGAGACAACCUGGGUACCCCUGCCCUCUCCAUCGGUUUCUCUGUGGCCCUGGGUCACCUCCUUGGGAUCCACUACACUGGCUGCUCCAUGAAUCCUGCCCGCUCCCUGGCUCCAGCUGUCGUCACCGGCAAGUUUGAGGACCACUGGGUCUUCUGGAUCGGACCCCUGGUCGGAGCCAUCUUGGGCUCCCUCCUCUACAACUACGUGCUGUUCCCUCACUCCAAGAGUUUGUCGGAGCGCCUGGCUGUGCUGAAGGGGCUGGAGCCGGACACCGACUGGGAGGAGCGCGAGGUGCGGCGGCGGCAGUCUGUGGAGCUGCACUCGCCGCAAAGCCUCCCGCGGGGCAGCAAGGCCUGA